AUGACAGAACCUAAAAAAGAAGCUAUUGAGGCAAUGUCAGAAUGUGGUCUAAGACCAAUGGAGUCUUAUAGGUAUAUGUCAACAGAAACUGGCGGAGACGACUGUGUAGGUCAUACGAUGAUUGAUCAUCUAAACUACUGCUACAAGUUAAAAAUGAAGCAAAUUGAUGGCAAUGAUUCACAAACACUAGUGAACAAACUGUAUGACAUACAAUCAAUAGAUCCCGAGUUCUUUUUCAGAGUAAGACUCAAUGCUGAAGGAAAAGUUGAGUGCCUAUUUUGGAGGGAUUCUAUGAUGAGAGAAGAUUACAAAAUAUAUGGAGAUGUUCUAGUUUUUGAUACUACAUUCAGAACCAAUAAGUACAAUCUCAUAUGUGCUCCAUUUGUUGGUAUCAAUAACCAUUGGAAAAACACAAUGUUUGCUUGUGCUUUCAUUGGGGAUGAAACCACAGAAUCUUUCGUUUGGGUGUUUGAAACUUUUCUGAAGGCUAUGGGAGGAAAGCACCCUAUAUCAAUUUUCACUGAUCAAGAUGCAGCUAUUGCUGCUGGAAUAGAACAGGUUUUUCCUUCUUCAAGACACAAGUUAUGCUUGUGGCACUUGAGUAAAAAUGCAAACAGUAGGUUUGGUUUAUUGAAGUCUGAUAAAAACUUCAAAAACGCAUUCUACAAGUGUUUAAGUGGGUGUAUAACACCAAAUGAUUUUGAAGAAACUUGGAAAUCUAUGAUCAACACUUUUAAGCUGGAAAAAGAUGAUUGGUUCAACAGAUUGUAUGGUCUUAAAGAAAAAUGGUGUACAGCUUUAAGUAAAGAUUUUUUUUCUGCCGGUAUACUUUCUUCACAAAGAAGUGAAAGUACAAACCAUGCUGUUGGUUUUAAAGCAAAUAAAAGUACAACAUUAACAGAGUUCUAUAGUAUUUUUCAAGCUACAAUAAAUCGAUGGAGAAAAACCGAAGAAAAAGACGACUUUGACUGUACAAGGGGAAUACCAACUUCAGAGCUAAGUAUGAGUGCUAUAUUAAAACAGGCAGCAAAUGUAUACACGAUAACACUUUUCCGUGAUUUUGAAGAAGAGUUCAAGCUUUCUGUGGCAAGUAGUACAAUGUUCAAGGGAAGUGUAGGAAGAACAGUGUUUUUUGAAGUGUGGAUAGAAGGAAUAACAGGGUCAUGGCAAGAAGUUCAAUACAAAAUGGAAGAUUCAACCGUCACUUGCACAUGCAAAAACUUUGAAGAAUCUGGAUGGUUGUGCUUCCAUUGUUUAAGAAUAUUGCAUUUACAUUCAAUCAAUACAAUUCCAGAUCGUUACAUAACAACAAGAUGGACUAGAUAUGCAAAGAAACAGAUAUGGGAAAGGGUUGAUACAAUAAAAAGGGAGAAAGGUGAAAUCAACAAUUUUACUGGGCAUAAGAUAGCAAAGGCCAGAAAAUUUAUCGAGGAGAAGUUUAAAAUGGAUAAUAAAGCAGUUAAUGAAAUCAUAAAAAAGGAAGAAGAAAGGAAGGCAAAAGAAGAAGCUGCAAAGAUAGCAGAACAAGAAAAGGCAAAAGCUGAAGCACAACGAGAAACACAAGACGGGGAAUCAACUAAUUCUGAAAUAACAAUUGUGCUUGAUCCUGAUCGUGCUAAUACUAAAGGAAAGAGUAAGAAGAGAAUAAAGGGUCAAUAUGACAAUUACAAGCAGCCAUCAAAGAAAGGAAAAAAGAAACACAAAGAAUUUGGAUCCAAGACACCCAAUAUUCAAUUAUUUACACCUAAAGAACAACUAUUUUAG